AUGCCUAUUCUGUACACGGACGGCGACAGCGGCAGCGCGGACGCCAAGGGAGCCGCCGGCGCCAGUGGGGUGACCAGGUUACCCUUCCGCGAUGACUGCCCUUCUAGCGAGAAGAAGCGCCGCAAGAAGAGCGUCAUCGGACGCUUUGGACGCGCCGUGGCCAAGUCCUUCAAGACCAACGACAAAGGAUCCUCCCGUCACAGGGAUGUCGAGCUCGCCAACGAGAAACUCAGGCAGAUAAACAGAGCCGACGAGUUCCGGAAAACGACGAGGACUUCCACCGCCAUCACGAAAAGAUCGGCGCCUACCUUGGGGGAACGUCAUCGUGACCUCGCGGGCAGAUUCUCGGAGGGCGGAAAAAGUAACUCUGAAUGCACGAAAGAGGUGCUGCGAUAUCGAGAGGUGUCCCCCGUCGUGACGAGGCAUCCACAUGGGAUCACAGUGGUGGCCGGCGUCCGGACAAGGGGACAUUCGGAACCCAAGAACUUCCAGGAGGACAGCGGCAGUCUCAGCAUGCACCUGCACCACAGCGAAGGUCCCCGGAUGAAUGUAGCCAUCCUCAGGCAAGAAGUGGAGGAGUCAUUCGCCGUCAUCGAAGCGGAAAGCCCCGUACCGUCGUCUUCCAUGUCGACGGCAAACAUCAGCAUGUCCAACGAGGACCUGGCCUCUCUGGGCGCCCAGCAGUCUGGCACCCCUGCGGUGCUGGAGUGCGGCCAGAUGCAGGAAAUCAAGCUGCACAAGUCGGCCGGUGGAGAUGACUGCAUCCAACAGCGCUCCGUCAGCAAGAACACCACCCUGCCCGACCUCAGGACAGCCAGUGUGAUGGCCGCCAUCAGCGCGGAGCACUGCGCCCGUGCCGCGAUUCAACUCCAGGACGCCGCAGUGCAGACGGAGCUGAGCUUACGGGACCCCAAGAACCCGCUCUUUUGCCAGGCUCUGCGGAACUUCUUCGCAGCCCUGCGGGACUUCCUUCUCUGCUCUGCGUGCGCCCACAGGGAAGCGACAAACGAAUAG